UUGCACAUCGUGAAGACGGAGGGCCAAAAACGCUAUGAGAAGUGAAGAGCAAACUGUUCUGGUCAUCAACAACUCAUGAAGAUGACGAUUCUUAAGGGUUAGGGUUUCUGCAACUCCGAGAAUUCCAAUAUUUUAUUCAAUUUCUUCUUCCCGUUCGCCAAUGGCGAACCUCAAAGCAAUCUCAGAUGCUUUGGAACUUGCAGAUUCCAAGAAACAGAACUUGAAGAAGGCAUUCGACGACCUUAAAGGCCACUCCCACCUCCUCUCUUCCUUCUCUCUCUCCUGGUCCGACCUCGAAUCCCACUUCACUUCAAUCCAGAACUCUCUCACUAAGAGAUUCCACGCGCUCGAGUCUCUGGAGUCCACGGUGGUUCAAAAUCAACCCGAGCAGAAGGAGCCGUGUUCUUCAUUGGGCCCGAAAGCGGAGAAUCGGAAGGAACAGGAUGGAGUUGCCGAUUCUGUGUCGCCUCGGCCCGAUUUGAAGCGUCUGUGUGAGAGCAUGGACGGUAAGGGGCUGAGUAAAUUUGUUAGUAAUUUGCCGAAAGAUCGUGAACCGGUCAGGAAUGAGCUUCCGGCUGCACUUAAGUGCGCGCCGGACCAAGAAGCUCUGGUUCUUGAUGCAAUGAACGGAUUCUUCAAUGCCAACUCUAAUUCGAAGCAAAAUAACUUGAAAUUAUCCAAUGUGAGGAGAGGCUGUAUACUACUGUUGGAGACUCUGAUGGAUAAUUGUCCAAAUGUAAGCAACCAUGUAACGGAAAGGGCGAAGAAAUUGGCAUUGGAAUGGAAACAAAGCCUUAGCAAAGAUGGGAAAGAUCCAUUGGAUGCAUUAGGGUUUUUGCAUUUGGUUGCAGCUUAUAAAUUGACAUCAGAAUUCAACGUGGAUGAGCUUGUUGAUUACUUCACUAUCAUUGCUCGGUAUCGGCAAGCUACCAAGUUGUGCAAAGUCGUUGGCUUGGGUGAUAAAGUAGCUGAUCUUGUUCAGAAACUGCUAGACAAGGGAAAGCAACUUUUAGCUGUCAAAUUUAUCUUCGAGUUUGAGUUGACUGAAAAAUUUCCUCCUGUUCCCGUCUUAAAAGAUUAUGUGAAGGAGUCCAAGAAGGUGGCCAAAACAGUUUGCAAGGAAGGAAAAAAUUCUCUCAGGGCACUGAAUGAGGCUACUGCCAAAGAAGUGGGUGCAUUAAAAUCUGUGAUCAGAUUAAUUGAAGAAUACAAGCUUGAUUCUGAUUAUCCGCGAGUGAACCUGGAAAAGCGAAUUGAGCAGCUGGAGAAACAACAGGCCAACAGGAAGCGCCCUGCAGGAGCUUCUCCUGUUAUGGCCAAACAAAAACAGCCACAACAACCUCAACAAGCGAAACAAAGGUUUAAGAAACAGAAAUUGCAGGUGAAGAAACAGAUGCCACGGCAGGUUCCAAUUAAUCGCCCACGCAUGGCUGCUCCAGUUGGCUCUGCUGCAGUUCCAAAUCUCGUUGGUGUUGGGAAUCCAACUUAUCCCCCAUACCUGCCUUCUGCAGGUUUGGUAGCUGAUCUUGCUGCUCCUUAUCAACAACAAUCUCUUCUGCAGCCAGCAGGUUUGUUACCAAAUUAUCCUGUUUCAUAUGCACAAUCUCAUCUACAGCCAGCAGGUUUGUUGCCCGAACAACACCCUGCUCCUUUUGAGAGCUCAUCAGCUAUGGCCUAUGGUAUGGCAGUGGCAGGCUCCACUCCAGCUGUUGCCUCUUAUCAUGGCUCAUCAGCUGAGUAUUAUGGUUUGGCAGGAGGCCCCAUGGGUUUUCCUGGAAAUGCAACCACUGCUAAUUCACACACAUAUCCAUCAGAGCCAUAUGCACCACCUGUGUAUGGUGUGGGUGUGCCACCCCUUUUCCAUCCAUCUUACUAUCCCCAGUAGUUUUUAAAUUGCCUAUGAUAGAAUACUUUUUGGAUCAGCUGGUAGCUAUGGGAUAUAACAUGAACAUGGCAGCCAUCUUCCUAUCUCUUGUCGUAGUAUCCAUGAAUUUGGUUUGUGUUUCUUGUAGUACAGUUGGGAAAUUAACUUUUUCUGACUUGGCACAGAGUGCCACUACCGUUAGAAGGCAAAUUUGCUCUUCUUGGCAUGGUUUCUGUAGGACUUGAAAUGAUCCCUUGAUCUUUUGUAUAGUCUGGUUCUUUCGUUUUCAAACUGUCAUUUUUCUUUUGGAAAUUUACAUUAGGAAAAGUGUGUUUGGAAAGGAGGUGCUUUCCAAUAUAAUUUUGGCUUGAAAAGUACUUCAAUUAUAGACACUUUAACCAAAAAGUGGUCUAUGAAAAAUUACUUUUUUUGUUUGGUUCUAAACUUCUAGUUCUAGACCUAUUUAUCUUUUAAGAAAACAUCCUUUAAGAAUCACUUAGGUCAAAAACACUCUGAAAGUGCUGUUUUUAGAAGCAUAUAUACACAUACUUAUACAUAUAUACAUGUAUGUAUAUAUUUUAAAGUUGUAUAGCUUAAUUCCAAAUAAUUUUGAGUUAGAAAUGCUUUUGGUUAUGCCAAGAAAAAACUUAAGAAAAGUACUUCCAAACGUUGCUAAGAAUUCUGGGUUGAACAUGACCCAUGUUAUUCUCAUAAAGGGAAGGAAAAGAGAAAAUAAUGCAGUUUAUUUAUCAACCGAAAUAUUGUUCUCACUGUUAUUAUUUUGAGUGGAAAAUGCAUUCUCCAUUAGUAAAGAAGAUACCCCAAUCAGAGUACGAGUCAAUGUAUGAGCUUAAUUUGAUCAGAACUUUUUUUUUUUCACUCUUAAAAUAUGCAUCUCUGUCUCAUUUGGAUUAAUUGUUUUGUCAUGAUUUUUGCAUAUAAGGGCUUACCGAAGGGUUUGGGGGGAAGGGGGAUUUUAUUUUGUACUAAAAGCAGGGUAUGUGUUUUUUUUUUAGUUCAAUCGGGACAAACCAUCCAUCUUUGAGAUGGUAAUUGGUGCAUUUAUUUAUUGGACUGUGCUCGGAUUAGCAAUAGGGUAUGUAUUUCCAAUCUUGUAUAUUUGUAUAAAACAGGUUAUGAUGCUCAAAAUAGAAUGAUUCAAUACCUUUGAUACUUGUAAAUGUCAUUACUUUGUACAAAUUGGUAAGCAAUUAUGUUUUUUCUUUGAUU